AUGUGGUGGCUGUUCUGCCAUUUAAGAUUCGUCCUUUUCGCUUCUAACAUGGAGUUUGUCGCAGCUAACGAUCAAUGUAGGACAGAAAUAAACAUACAAGGAAUGGCUCUCGAGGGUCAUGUCUUCAAAAGGUGUUCACUGGCGGCUCCUCACCUUUGCGAUGUCAAAUGUGGACAAGAGAUCACGUGCCAAAGCUAUAACUACAAUCGAAAAUACCAAAUAUGUGAACUAAAUAACCGCACCAAGGAGGCGAGACCAGACAAUUUCCUUUCAGCACCCGCGUGUUUUUACAUCCGGCGAUUGAACGGCAGAGGUAAGAAAUCAAAUGUCUUUCUAUCUGUGUGACUUCUAUUUCUCUUAAAUCUUCUCCAUCCUCAGCCUGGUUCCUUCUCACCAGGAAGAGCUAAGAAUAGGAAGUAAAUGUAAAACAUAUCUUUACUACAGCUCCCUUAGGUUCUAUCCCUGAAUUACCGGCGCUGUCUUGUCACGAAAUAAAGGCGAGUGAAGGUAAACACACCAUAAGCGGCAAGUACUGGUUAGAUCCAACUAGGAAAGGAAAGGCGAAACUGAUUUACUGUGAUAUGGUUAACGAAGGUAGGUCCUAUAACUUUCCUUGAGUUAUUUUAUUUUGUGGCGAGUUAUCAGUAUCAUGAAAUUAUUAUAAAUUUUACCAUUAUUGAUAUCAUUAUCGUAAUAUUUGGUUUGGAUCAGUUCUAGCGUGGAUGCCUCUCAAGUUGCUCUAACUUAGUCACUGCCUCUCUUUCAACAUUUUAGAUAUGGAUGAAUGUAAAUUUAACAUCAGUGACUGCGACGUGAAUGCAAACUGUACUAACACAUAUGGUUCUUACAAAUGCACAUGUAAAGUGGGAUACACCGGCGAUGGACGCUCGUGUUCAGGUAGUUUUAAUAUUUCCAUAUAUAACUAAUUUUUGUUAAUCGUCUCAUAAUUUUAUGCAGCGUUAUCCAUGCAUGUUUAUGCACAGAGUUAUCAUGAUCUACAUAUUUUGUUAAACAUUUUGUAAUGAUAAGAGGAAUUACAUGACUAUGGGUCAUAAAAAUGAUAAAGUGAAAAAUUUAUGAAUAGUUUCUCAGAUAUUUACGAGUGUAAAGGAAAUUCUACAUGCACGAACACCAAAGGAUCGCACGUUUGUACUUGUCACCCCGGAUAUAAUGAAAAUGGAAGCGACUGCACAGGUACUUAAUGCGUUUCCUUUGUAACCAUUCCCAUAAGAAAGAAAAGCACUAUCAUCUUUGUAAGAGUUGUUUUACCAGCAUACCUUGUAUAAAAAGAGAUGAGUGUAGGCCUGAAGACAAUGGGGAUAAUGACACCAUUGUAUUCAAUAAACAUUCAGUGGUAAAAAAAUCUCAACUGGCAAAGGAGACUUGAUGGAUAGGCUUACAGGACAGAACAACGGAUUUGAACUUGGGGAAACCGAGAAAAAAUCUGGUAAGUGGUAACAGGAAGUGCUCACGUCUAGAACCACAAGACAAAGACUUCUCAGCUUAUGCCCGGCAACUUUUCUCCAAUUGCAUUUUUUUUUUAUGUUUAUGAUUUUUCAGAUAUUGACGAGUGUAAAGGAAAUCACUCUUGUCACGUGAAUGCUGCAUGCAUGAACACCCUUGGAUCACAUGUAUGUCAAUGUCAUGCUGGGUAUACUGGAAACGGAGAAAACUGCACAGGUAAAUUUAAUCUCUUCUCUAAAAUAUAG